UUUAUAAUCGAAAUUUUAACAACACUUAAUUAUAUGUUGGCGAAAUUAGAACUUUAUGAAUUUUUAGUUAACAUUUUAAAUAUAGAAGAAGAAGUUUCUUUAGAUUUUAUCAAAGCUGAAUUAGUAAAAAUAUCAUAUUUGUGUCGUAGAACUUUUACAUGUGAACAUAUUUUGCUAAGAGCAAUUGAAGAACUUCCCCAUAUUUUUUGUGUAUCUAAAGCUUCAUCUAACAGCACAGAAAAAUGUGUUGUUCAUGCAAAUGGUCAAAUACAAGAGCUCUGGGAUGCUUUUGGUACAGAUUCUUUGUUAAAGAUGUUGUUAGAAACAUAUCUGCAGUUAUCAGCUGAAAUCCAGCUAUAUAUUUAUUUAUUAAAUUCGCAGCACGUUUACAAAAAUUUAAUAGAACUACAUAAAAUUGUCCAGAAUAUUUCAGAAUCAUGUGCAAGAUAUUUUUUUAAAGUGGAUUGCUUGGAAACAUUUUUAUCAUUUUACUUCAAUUUUAAUUUGUUUGAUGAAAAAGAAGAUCUAUUGGAGAAAAUAAAAGAUCAUUUGAAAUUAUUUGCAUCUUAUGAACCUCUCAUUCUCUAUCUGAAUGAGUAUUUUCAAGAACAAUACGAAAUUUACCAAGUAGUGGUACAUGUAAAAAAUCAUCUUAAAAUUCAGCAUCAAAUUUCAUUAAAAUCUAAUUAUUACAAACAUUCAACUUUCUUCGUAAAAAAAAGUCUUUCAUUAUUUUAUGGGAUCUUUCUCAUACAAGAAGAAAACAUCACACUGUUAGGAAAUGAAUGGGAAGAUAAACAUCUCUGUAAAUUUAAAAAUGUACAAUCAGAAAAUAUUGUAACUCAUUGUAAAUCAUAUACAGAAAUUUCAAUGGAAAUUAAUAUUUAUUGCUACUUAAUUUUUCAUGCUACAAAUGGAAUAAAAAUUGAUAUGAUUAAGCCUGAAUUACAAAGGAAAGGAUUUUUAAGUUAUUUGAAAACAAAAACUAUCAUUGGCAUUAUUAAAAAAUUUUACAAAGUAUUUCAAAUUAAAGAUAAUUCUGUUGUAUUAGUUAAAACUGAAUUUAUCAAUUUAUCAAGAAAAUAUUCCACCAACGUUACAGAAAUUGAAACAUCUAGUGAAUGUCUAGAAGAAAAGAGAAAUACCAAAGAAAAUGAGAAAGAAUACCAAAAUGAUGGUGAGGAUUUAGAAACAUUGGGAAAAUUAAAUUGCAACAGUGAUUUUAAAAGGUGUCAAAAUCACAGACUGGCUACUGUUUUUAUCAACAGUGGAAGAAUGUGUGCUGUGACUGAAACUGUUGGAUAUGUCCAAGUAGAUGAUGAUAUCAUGCAAAUUAUAGUGGAUGUUGUAUACAUGAAUCAAAAACAAGUGAAAAAUUUACAUGCUGUGCAUACUAAAAACAUAAAUUUUAUUGCAAUAAAAAGUGAAGAGGAAUUAAUAGAUUAUUGGAAAAUAUCACUUGCAUGGAUUGGUAUUAAACCUGAAAAUAUUCCAUGUGCAAUAACAUUUGAUUCUGUGUGGGAGACUGUCAAACUUUUAUAUGAAAAAAGAUGGAAUGAAUUUAGAUGUCUUGUUCUUCCAAAUUCCAAAAACUUUUUAAGAAAUGAGUAAAAUUUAAAGGAUUGUGAAUAAUGUAAACUGAAAAGUUAUUUUCCAAUUUACUCUUUGAUUGUUGAAUUACUGUAUAUUUUAUUAACAUGUAAUUAGAAAAACUUGUUUUGUUAAUUUAUUACUGUUUAAUGUUUUCAAUAUAUUAAUUCAUUUUAUUUGUUUUUAAAAAUGUAUAAAACUCAUUUAAUACAGAAAAUAAUGUAUUAUGAAAAGUGUGCCAAAUGUAUAUACAGUACUUAAUUGAUAUCGAUAACUGUGAUAUAUUUUUAAAUCCCUGCUUCAGAGCUUUCAGUUUUCUAAAAACAAACUUAUGUGAACAGAUGAUACCAUAAUAUUUUUUUUAAUUUUAAAAACAAACUUAUGUGAACAGAUGAUACCGUAAUAUUUUUUUUAAUUUUAAAAACAAACUUAUGUGAACAGAUG